UCCACCGAUAGCUCGACAACUCUGGUGACCGUUUUUAAAUGAAACUUUCUUUCGUCUUUUGACUUCCAAGGGAGCAGACUGCUCUUUCUCUUGGCCAAGACUACGGCACCAGCCACUGGAUAAUCCGGAGAUACCAACACUUUUGUCUUUUCCUAAAACUCGACUCGUGGCAGGAUAAUGAACGUUCGCAUCUUCCAACUGCCCUCGGUGACCAUGCAAUCGAUGCACCAGCAAUCGAUGUACCAGCAGACCUAUUUGGAUCGCAAUCGCGUGGUCACCGACGUUUUUGUGCAGGAACAUGUUUCACAGAGCUCGUGGUCAGUGGCCACGCCUCGUGUGUCAGCUAUGUUUGUUCCCGGCACUGGCAGCUGCCCCAUCAUGACCGGAAAUGCAUGUCAUCCCAAUUGGCAUGCGAAUCCUCCACCUCCACCGGCUGCAUAUCAUCAUCAUUAUCAUCAUCCUCCUUAUAUGGCAUAUAUGCCAAUGCCGGGUAUGCAGUACUAUGCAGGCAGUUCUGCCUCCAUGAACGCCUACGGUCAGGGUCAGGUGUAUUCCGCUCGUGCCUCGGCCACCAGCAGCUGCAACAUGGAUGGUUUCUAUGUGCCCCACUACUAUCCCAGUGGUGAUCAUGCUCCGCCGCCCAAGGAGUUCUGUUCCGUCCUAACCCAAACCCAAGAGCCCAUCAAACUCAGCUGCGAUGUGGCCACCCAAGUGGAUGUGGGCCUCGAGCUUUCUCGUUCGGAGGUAAAGAAGCCAGGAACUGCUCUUUUUUCGGACAGCCUUGUCCCCGAUGAAUCGAGUAUCAGUUCCUUGGAAAGCGGUGCCGGCGAUGGCCUGCGAGUUCAAAAUGUGGGGCGCAACUCGGAGGUGAUGUUGCUCCAGCAGCGCCUCCACGACAUGACCAGCAUUUCACUGCAGGGCAGCGAGAUAGCGGAACGUCUGGCCAGCGCCCAUCGGAGUCGUCCGUGCUUCAAAAAGAUCGAUACCCUUUGUGCCCGCUUGAAGCAGGAUCUGCUGCGUCCGGACGGCGUGCUGCCCAACAUCAACUCCCAGGGAAUCGCCUGGGCUGUUAAGGAUUUCAUAUUCGUCUUCACCCGCAUCGUGAAUGCCUGGGUUAUACUGAAAGGCUAUGUUUACAACACGCCCGAUGGUUUGAACAAGAUCAAGGAUGAGUUGCCCGCCGGUUUCAUGGCCACCUUUGAUUCGUGGCAGGUUUCGACCUUGUCCCUCGUACAGUUGAUUAUAAAAUCCUUCGUCAAUCUGGAUGAACUCCUGCAGAAACAGAAGAACACCUUUGGGGGCAAAGAUGCAGGCGCUCUCAUGAACCUGAAUAAUAGCAGCUCCUUAAGGAUUUUAAUCGACAGCAACGAUAGCAGCAGUUUGGUCACAAACAACCAAGCAGUGACCAAUGGUCAUUCCACUGGCCCAGGAAAAGGUCCCAGUGCCUAUAGCACUCCACGGACUCAGAAUGGAGUGGGCAUCUCCUUUCCAGAAAGUCCAGAGUCACGGGACGGGACUGCAACAGCCCCUGCUCUAUACAAACCGCAGGGGGGACUAAAUUUGAAUUACUUGUACACCAUGAUCGAGGACUCCGAGGAAACGCAACGCAAUGUGGAUGCCAAUGGUACUUACUUAAAAACUGGAACCUAUCAGCCACUACAAAAAGAGAUGAAACAACUGGAGAUGCCGCAACUGGAGCCCAAGGAUCCGUAUGAGGAAUCCAAUCAUCAGUGGAAUGCUCCUCAAAAUGCCUUACCAGUUCCAGCCCCGGUGGCGGAAAAAGCUCUUCCGGAACCGGAGCAUCUGAAUGAUGUUAGAUCUUUUACAAAUCCAUUUAGCCUGAUCGGAAGGGAGGUCACUCGCCAGCUGUACGAGUUUGGCAACCGGCUCAUGGAGCUUAAGCACUUGGAACGCUUCUUUCGCAAGCAGUUCACUCGCAACUAUUACCCGGAAUUCGUUCAAAUCUGCCAGGACGAGUUCAUCGAUGUACGUGCCAUUAUUCUGAGGUGCGAGAGUGCCUCUUACCAUCAUCUCUACCAGGCGAUUCACGAUCUACGACGAAUCACCUUCGCGGGGCGCUGCUACUUGAAGGUAUACUCGGAUGAAAACCUCCAGCACUACAUCGAUCUCUACGAGCGCUCUGUGAAUGAAAUGCUGUCCAAGCCACCGCAUAUUCCCAAUCAAUUUGAUCACAUUACGGGCAUGCCAGGCGAAAAGCUUUUCAACUAUGAAAUCUAAUCGAAGAAACAACAGUCACUUUUAAGUUGGUUAUUGAUUGAAAGUUGGCUCAUUCAAGCGGCCUCCUUAGCUAUACUAAUUUAAAGAUUGCGAUAUCUAUGCAGAGUCAAUCAGUGCCUUAAACUGUAUUGGAAAAA